AUAAUAAUACAAAAAAGAUCAGAUUUGUAUCGGCGAUAUCCAAAUGUAAAAUAUCGGUAUCGGUAUCGGACAUAAAAAAGUGGUAUCGUGCCAUCCCUACUUUGAACCUGCUGGCCAGCAGGAGUCUGCAGCUUCUUUCUGGGUACUCAGGCUGCCUCCCAGAAGCAUGUAUGUUAGGUUAAUUGGUGUGAAUGUGUGUAAGAAUGAUUCUCUCUGUGUGUUAACCUUGGUAACCUGUGCAUGGUGUACCCCCAUCUCUCUCACCCUACAGCUCCAGCUCCCCCUGUGACCCUGACUUAAAUAACUGGAUGGAUGCAUUACCAGUUAAUUUCAUGUUUCUGCAGUCACAGACAUUUUUAACAUGCUCUUUAAAGUGUAUAAAUAUGUCUGAUUUUAUGAUGUAAUGAUUGUGACAGGAAGGUUCAUAUUGCUAAACAAUAAUUGCCCUGUGUUAAUGAUAAAGUGGCAGCAGCAUGUUGUAGUUUUAAAGCAGCGAUUUACCUUUUUAUACCUGCAGUGCAGUUUUAUAGUGCAUGCAUCAAUGCAGUUAAUACAGCAGUCAUUGAUCCUCAACUGAGAACAUGCAGAACGCUUUGUGACAAAACAUUAAAGUGACUUCUUCUUGUAGUUUUUAUCUAGUUUUACAGAUGACAGCGUUUUAAACUCUAAACUGAAACCUGUCUCUUUAAAUGUGGAAUAAGAGGGUCAAUUUUACAUUUUCAAAUUCAUUUCAAAAUUUGACGAUGGAAAAAUAAAUGAUAUAUUGCUCAUUACUGGAUUGGUGAAUAAUAAUGAAAUAAUAAUAAUAAUAAUACAUGUGUUUCUUUGAGUGGGAUUUCUUGAUGAAAAUGUUUUUUUGGGGGGUCUGACUGAAACUCGAACCGCACAUCGAAUAAAUAAAAAGUGUUUCCGCCACGUCUAACUUGAAGGCUUUUAUUUCGGCAGUGAUAAACCGGAAGUGUUUCUGUCUCGCUUGAGGCUGGCUAGCUUCUACUUUAACAAUGCAGCAGCGGGAGGAGAAGCAGUUGGAGGCGUCGGUGGAGUCUCUGAUCUCCCGGGUGGCUCACGUUAAAAACGCUUUGCACAGUUUCAUCUAUAAGCUAGAAAAUGAGUACGAGCGUUUGACGUGGCCCUCAGUUUUGGACAACUUCGCCCUCCUGUCUGGCCAGCUGAACACGAUCAACAAACUGCUGAGGAACGAGAAGACGCCGUCCUUUCGCAACCAGGUUAUAAUCCCCCUGCUCCUGUCUCCGGACCGAGAUGAGGACCUGGCAAAACUCACGGAGCAGCGCGUCCCGGUGUUCAGUCACGAGAUCGUCCCCGACUACCUGCGGACCAAACCUGACCCUGAGGUGGAGGAGCAGGAGAAACAGCUGAGUGCGGAGGCAGCGCGCAUCGGCCCCGAUGUGGCACAGAAACAAAUCCAGACGUUGAAUAAGCUGUGCUCCAACCUGCUGGAGAAGCUAAGCAACCCUCGUGAAGACAGAGAUGCAGAAAACGCUGCAAUGCGGCAGAGCAAACCGUCUUUCAACCCCACCGACACCAACGCGUUAGUUUCAGCCGUCGCUUUUGGAAAGGGACUCUCCAAAUGUAGGCCUCCUGGUCCCGUGGCCGCUGGACACCAAGGACAGGGAUCCAUGAUGAGUGGAGGUCCAACCUUACAGCAGGUCACUAUUGGUGGGGGUUCAGGCCAGCAAGCAGGUAUGGGAGGACCUGUGGCACAACAGCAGCAAGGACAGACAGGAAAAAUGCCGAGCAGCAUCAAGACAAACAUCAAAUCUGCGUCUGGUUCAAUGCAUCCAUACAACCGAUGAGCCCCUUUCUUCUCACCUGUUAGCUUUCAGAGACUCUCCUACAGAGGUGCUGGCCAUGGUACUUCUCCUCAGUGGGGGGGGGGGGGGGGACUGCUAUGGAGGACCGCACCAAUAAGCUGAACUGGAUUCUGCCCAUUAUUCAUUUAUCAUCUGAUUUUAAGCUUAUUGGUUUCUCACGUGAGGAAAGUUAAUUGCCUGCGUCUGAAUUAUUUUCAAGGAAAAUGGGAAAAAUAUCAUCCUUAAAAUUCAAAAGCUUUUUUUUAAAUCUGUCACUGAAGCUGUUUUUGUUUUUUUGAUACCUCAUCUGAGCGGCGGUGUUUGAGCCACUAGGUGGCAGUAUGCUUUCAUUAAUGGCUUUAUAUUUUUGGAACUGUGCUCAGGACACUUUCAAUUAAAAAAAAAGUUUUAAAGAA